CCUGUAGAGAAGUUAACCGGCAGGUUUGGACCUGGUCUCUGCUGCUCCCAGGCGGUCCUUUUGGGUACUGCCUGAGAGAGAGGUAGGAGAGGAGGACCAUCAUCAGUGGGAGGAUCAGAUUGGGGGAGACAACCAAUGCAGGAGACUGAGUGAAAAGGGGAGCACUAAGACCCAGGGGUAGUGGAGGACUGCAGCAACGAGCUGGAGGAGGAGUAGCAGUAGGCAUUGGGGGUGGGGGAAGCCAUCUGAUACCUUGGUCCCCUACGAAACAGCAUCAGCUCUAAGGACGGAAAUGGCCAGUCAGUCCCAGGGUAUCCAGCAGCUCCUGCAAGCUGAGAAGCGGGCUGCUGAGAAGGUAGCAGAUGCCAGAAAGAGAAAGGCUCGGAGGCUGAAGCAGGCAAAGGAAGAGGCACAGAUGGAAGUGGAGCAGUACCGCAGAGAGCGAGAGCAGGAAUUCCAGAGCAAGCAGCAGGCGGCCAUGGGCUCCCAGGGGAACCUGUCAGCUGAAGUGGAGCAGGCCACAAGGCGCCAGGUACAGGGCAUGCAGAGUUCCCAGCAGAGAAACCGGGAGCGUGUCCUGGCCCAGCUUCUUGGCAUGGUCUGCGAUGUCAGGCCCCAGGUCCACCCCAACUACCGGAUCACUGCCUAGGAUCGACCAUGGGGUCUGACUCCUCCAGCCAGUUCUCCUCCUCAAAGAAAUCUCCCAAGUCAAAUCACCUUCCCUUGCCUAGCAUGCAUAAGCCUUGGGUUCAAUUCCUAGUGCCACCAAAAGAAAAAAAAAAAUCAACUCUCCAUUCUUUGGAAAAUCUGGGAACCAGAAUCCAAUAUUCUCCUGUGAAACUUGUAAAUAUUCUGCUCAAACCUGAAUUUAUUUAUUUUUUUCAAUUUAUGUUUUUUAAUCCUCACUGGAUCCUUGUAAGUACCGAAGUCAUUCCCUUCCUUCAUGUGAAGGGUGGAACAUGGAGAAGUAGGGACAUGGAAAGCCCCGUGACUUCAGAAAAUGGCAGAUUUGAGUUCCUUUCUCAACCCUGCCACUUGUUGACCAUGCAAUUGGGACAGGCUACUUAAUCUGGAAUCCUCAAUGUUCUCCUCUGUAAAAACUGAAAUAAUAAUGCCUACCUUGUGAGAUUGCUUCAACAAUUAGGAAUCAUUCUGUAAAGAGCUUAACAUAGUUCCUGACAGGUAGUAGUUAUUAUUCAAUAAAUGGCACUCCUGUGACAUUAUUCCCACCUCUGUUCACCUACCAAAACCUAAAUACUGCUGUUUCCUGACUUCUGCCAGUGACUCUUUAAUUUUACUCAUUUCAUUCUGUAUCCCUAAUAAUUCUCUGAAGAAUUGUUCUUCUUACCUUGCUUUCCCCAGAGACCUUAUGGUCUCUGAAAAGAGUAAAUGAACUGGGCCCAGUGGCAUAUGCUUGUAAUCCUAGCUACUUGGGAAGUUGAAGCAAAAGGAUUGUGAGUUCUGGGCCAA